UAGUCCGGGGCGGGGGGGCUGGAUUCUCUGGAUCGCGGACAUUCCAGGGGAGAUAAACGACGCGGGCGGGCAGGCGAAGCGGCCGCUUGCCCUGCGCCCCCGCCGGGAUCUCGCCUGCCCCGGGCUGGGGGAUUCCAGCGGGAGCUCGGGAGCGGACGCUCCAGCCCUAGGCCCGUUAUGGAGGCCGGGACUCUCCUGAGCGGCGCAGCCUCGGUGGCCGCGGUGCUGCCAGCGGGCGGGAGCGGGGAGCGCCUGGGGAGCGCCACCCCGAAGCAGUUUUGCGCCCUGUUGGGCAGGCCGCUCAUCAGCUACACGGUGCGGGCGCUGGAGAGAAUAAACUGGAUCUCAGAUAUUGUUGUGGUGGUGUCUCUAGAGAACAUUGAAACAAUGAAGUCUAUCAUUGAAAAAUAUGGCCACAAACGAAUUACGGUUGUAGAAGGUGGAAUGACUCGCCACCGGUCAAUUUUCAAUGGACUGAAAAUCUUUCCAGAGAGCAAACUUUCCAGCUGUCCACUCCAGAAACCAGAAGUAGUGAUUAUCCAUGAUGCUGUGAGGCCGUUUGUUGAGGAAGAUAUUCUUCUUAAAGUGGUUUUGGCUGCGAAAGAACAUGGGGCAGCAGGAGCAAUCCGUCCUCUCGUCUCUACUGUUGUUGCUUCCUCUGCAGAUGGUUCUUUAGACCAUUCACUAGAACGUGCCAGGUACAGAGCAAGUGAAAUGCCUCAGGCUUUCCUAUUUGAUAUAAUCUAUCAAGCAUAUCAUCAGUGUAGUGAUUAUGACCUGGAUUAUGGGACAGAAUGUUUGCACUUGGCUCUAAAAUACUGUAAAACAAAUGCCAAACUUAUUGAAGGAUCGCCUGACCUCUGGAAGGUGACCUACAAGCGGGAUCUGUAUGCUGCUGAAUCAAUUAUUAAGGACAAUCUAUCACAACAAGUUUGUGUUACCACUGAUAUGAAAGAAGAUGCUGUGCAGUUCGGUUUUCUCCUUCAUGAAACUCUGAAAAGCGAAGUAAAACAGGUUAAAGGCAUAUCAGUGUUUCUAUGUAAAAAUGAUAAUCAUCUACAGAACAUCUUUUUAGGACAAUGCUACAAUUUUAUUUGCAUAAAUGCUGAAAAAUCUGACAUUAAAGAAACCCAGCAACUAGUUGAUAUACUUGAAAAUUCAAGAAUUUCUGUCUUGCAUCCAGUUGUUCUCAUUUCGGUUUCAUGGUGUCUAGUCCUAGUUGGAUUUUUAGUUCCCACUGCUUUAUUAUGCCCUAUUCAUUCUGGUGAUGCUGCGGAUUGCAUUGAGCUCUGUAAGAGUGUGGAACCAGCCAAUCGGGUGUCAGGUCCAUUUGAAUGUUUCAGAAAAUAUGUCUUUCAGGAGUGGAAUGGAAGAACUGGCUGGGAUAAAGGAAUUUGCAAGGGAAGUGAAAAAGAAAAAUAUUUUGGUUUAUGGUCUUCUCAUCCAUUACAAUAAGGAUGAUCCAAAGCUUCAGGAGACAAUAAAUUCUGCUGCUGCCAUUAUCUCUGCAUUAAUAAAGGACAGAACCCCAGAGCUGAUUGGCCAGCUGUUGGUUGCAUGAAUUACUAAAUCAUUUGUAGCUAUCAGAAGUAUUUCUUUUUCAUCAUGUGUUUACCAGUGUUCUUGAAACAUUUUACUCUGUGACAAAAUCACUAGACUUACAACGUUUGCUAUUAGAAUCUUUUAUCAGCAUAAAAUGUAAGUCUGACCUUGUGUUGAGAUGCAAGUGGAAAUGAAAUAGAAGGUGCUGUGAGGUGCACCAGGUAUUAUACUUUGAAGUGUUUAUAUUGAGGCAUUAUAUGUGAGGUACUAAUCAUUUCAAAAACUACAACUGAAUGGUGCUAUUUUGUCCUUUCAUGUCCAAAGCACUUGUUCUAAGCACAAAUUUCUUUUCAACCAGAUAACAUAUAUGAUAUUAAAGGACAACUGGUGCUCUUUACAUGAAAAUGAUUGCAGGAUUGAUCCUGCAUUUACUAUUGGGUUUAGAUUUUAAUACAAGGCAUAGUCCCUUUGACUUUAAUGAAAGAAUCCUGGUAGUGUUUUCAGGAUCUGGUCCUCAUUCCCCAGAGAAUGAAGAUUAAAUUUAAAAAAUACAUUUGAACAUACCAUAUGAGAUGUAAUAGCCUAUCCUGGGGGUGCAGAAUUAGGAAUUCAUUGUGGUGGGAACUCAUUCUUUUUAAAGUUUGAAAGGUUAUCAAUUCUGAUGGUAGUGGAGAAAAAAGACAGAAGAAAGACUCUCUUCUUAAGUAAUUGAGCUGCCUCUUCAGUUUUUGUGUCACUCUGAUUUUCUGUUUGAUAUAUGUGUUUGUUACACCAUCAUCUGGAAUAUUAUAACUGCUAAUGCAUGGAGGGUGUUUUGACAUUUAAAUGAAGGUGGCUUAGGGAGGAGGGUAGAAUAAGUUUUCACUUAUCUGCGUUGAAUAUUUUCAAGUGUUCCACUAGCUUAAAAUGUACAUUUCUCUACUGCUUCUGGCAGCAUAAAUAUAUAACCCUCUGCAAUCUU